UCUCACUGAUGAGGCGGAUAAAAUGCGUGCUGAACAUUAAGUUGGAGACAACAGGUCAAACCCCUUUUUAGGUUUUAGAGUGAGAACGAAGCCCAUCUGUUGAUCGACAGAAAGUAGUGUCAUAAUUAUUUUCCUAAAUUUAUUCAAUCAAACAUCUAAAUGGAGCAAAAGAAAGAAGUUUUAUCUUUGAACGAAUUGGGAAGACUUCAACAGUUGGAAUUUAUCGACGACAAUCCCGAUGAGCCGAGGACGGGGACUCCUGAGAUUUUGUCCCCUAAAGGAAGGGUUUCUGACAAGACAAAGUCAAGAAUGUACCAGUUUAAACAGAAUUUCGGGUUGUCAUUGAUGGGUAUAAUCUUGAUUGGUGCUCACUUCAAUAAAGGAUCCAGGAUCGUAGUCAACUUGGAUUUAAACUAUGGAGUGUUGGUGACAGUUAUUGGAAUUAGUAUUUUCAUAGAGCUAUUGGUAGUAUUUUGUGCACUAGUGAUGACUUCUUACAAUGUGAACAAUGACCAGCAAUUUGUAAAAGCGAAUAUUUUCAACAACAUCUUAUUGUACUGUGUAGUUGUUCUUGUUAUUUUAGAAUUAAGCAUACUAGCAAUAAACCAUGCAAUAGAACCAAAAAAUACACCACAACAAUAAAUUUCCAUUGUGCCUUAAAAUUAAAAGAAUAAUGAAAUAAUGAAAAAUCUAUCCAACAUUUAUUUAUUUUAAU